AUGGAUCUGAGCGAUGAGACCAGAAUAAAGGCCACGAGCGAGGAGGCCAACGAAUGGGCGGGAAAAAAUAAGAGUCCAAACACCCCUUCCCCGAAUUUCAUCUCCCAUAUCUUCUAUUUGACUGCUGCCAUGUCGCAUUACGGAUAUCUGAAAACAAUAUCAACGUACAACGACCUCAGUAAGGUCAUGGAAGAGAUGCAACGGCAUCUAGAUAUGCUGACUGGUGAUGGAUCAUGGAGGAAUGGACCAAGACAAGCACGCAUAGAAGCUGCCAUCAAACUCACAAAGGAUGAAAUAACCAAAGUCAAGGCGCAGCAACUUUCGUUCGAGGUACAGCUCUUAGACCCGGAGCUCGUUUUCCAAUCGAUCGGCUUCACAACCUUCCUCUCUGUAUGGUUAAUCCGACAAGCUGACCCUAGGAAGACCCAUCCAUCGCCCGUCGUCGAAUUGCCCCUGCCACAAGAAGUGCCCAUGUCAUUCAGGGUGUUGCCUGAAUAUCUGGUCGAGGAUAUUGUGGAUUAUCUCGUCUUCGCCGUGCGUAACGUACCAGAGAGCUUUGCUCUCUCAGGCAAGACCGAAGUCAUGCAAUUUAUCCUAACAUUCCUCACAUCUACGUGGUAUAUCAAGAACCCUUUCCUCAAGUCCAAAAUCAACGAUGUUCUCUUCAUGGCAAUCUGGCCUUAUGGUCGAGAACGCAACGGUAUCUUGGGAAGCAUGUUGAACACUCAUCCCAUGGCAUUGAAGCACCUGAUGCCGGCUUUGAUGCAUUUCUAUAUUGAGGUCGAGCAAACUGGUGCUAGCUCUCAGUUCUAUGAUAAAUUCAACGCACGUCGGAACAUAUCAUUCGUCCUUAAGGCUAUCUGGGACAACCCGGUACACAGAGAAGCUUUGAACGUGGAAGCGAAGAACGUCGACAAAUUCGUUCGCUUCGUCAACCUCAUGAUCAACGACGUAACAUACCUUCUGGAUGAAUCCUUGAGUGAACUCACUCAGAUCCACAACAUCCAAGUCGAGAUGGACGACAAGGCAACAUGGGAAAGCCAAACACCGGAACACCGUCGGGAGCGCGAAAGCACACUUCGAUCGUUAGAACGCCAUGCAUCGAGCUACACGACGCUGGGGCGCUCAACUGUCGAGCUUCUGAAGUUAUUCACUGCUCAGACAAAAACGCCUUUCAUGAUGCCCGAGAUCGUCGAUCGACUUGCUGCAAUGUUAGAUUACAAUUUAGAUGCCUUAGCCGGACCUAGGUGCCAGGACUUGAAGGUUCGGGACGCCGAGAAACUACGGUUCAAUCCACGAGCGUUACUCAGCGAUAUCUUGCAAGUGUUUCUGAAUCUCGCAGAUCAGCCCGAGUUCGUCUGCGCCGUCGCCGGUGAUGGUAGGAGUUACAAGAAAGAACUCUUCGAGCGCGCGGCCGACAUUGCCAUCCGGAGGACGUUGAAAUCGGUGACGGAGAUCGAGAAGUUGCGUUUGUUCGUUGUGAAGGUCGAGGAAAUGAAGGCGACGCUUGAGGCAGAGGAGGACCUUGGAGAGGUUCCUGAUGAAUUCUUGGAUCCCCUAAUGUUCACCGUGAUGCGUGAUCCGGUGAUCCUGCCUUCAUCGAAGACCACACUCGACCGGUCCACGAUUAAGUCACAUCUACUGUCGGACUCCAAGGACCCGUUCAAUCGGGCUCCUCUUUCCAUUGAAGACGUGAUACCAAAUACGGAGUUGAAAGCACAGAUUGAUGCUUUCCUAACCGAGCGAAGGAAGAACAGCGGAAGUUUUCAACAACCCCAAGACAGCAACGUCAAUAUUCCCAAGAUGGAGGUCGAUUGA